AUGACACGUGGAAGACAUCAACAUCUUGAAGGGGUUCUGAGGAGUUCGUCGGGUUCGAGCUGGAAGAAGCCACCUGGCCGAAAAAAAUUCUGGACUGAGGCGGUGAAAGAGGACCUGAAGACACUAGGCGUGGAUAGGCAGUUCAGGCGAGACGUAAGGUUUCGCAGAAUAUGGAAUAGUGACAAAUGGAUUGAUUCUGUGCAAGAUCUCGCAGAAGACCGAGAAGGUUGGGCAGAGCUGUGUUCAAGGACGGCACACCUCGGCGAAGAUGCGGGUAAUCGCGUCAGGGGAUGA